GCUUCCGGUCCUGCGCUCUGUCUGGAGCGGAUUGGAACCCGGAGUCAGGAUUCGCUAAAUGAAGUGUCUUUUGCAGGAAAGCUUGACAGAAUGGCAGCUGAGCCUCCAGAGGAGUUCAUCUGGUGUGAGGACUGUGGACAGUACCACGACUCGGAGUGCCCAGAACUUGGACCUCUGGUGACCGUCCAGGACUCUUUCGUCCUCAGCCGAGCCCGUUCCUCGCUUCCAAACAGUCUGGAAAUCAGGCCAGUAGCAGAUCACGGUGAGGGUGUCUUCGUCCAACGACAGCUGGUCAAAAGGACACGAUUUGGCCCGUUUGAGGCCAAAAGGGUGCCCGUUUUGGAAAAAGAAGUUGGCUUUCCUUUGAAGAUCUUCCAGCAUGACGGCGUGGUGUGUUUUGACACCAGUAGUGAAGACGACUGUAACUGGAUGAUGCUGGUUCGACCUGCCACAGAUCACCAACACCAAAAUCUGACAGCCUACCAGCAGAAUGAUGAGGUGUUCUUCAAUACAAUCCAGGAUGUGCUCCCAGGAACAGAGCUGAGGGUCUGGUAUGGAGCUUUCUAUGCUAAAAAGAUGGAGAAGCCCGUUCUCAGGUGUCCCACUCAGCCCCUACCACUUACAGAAACUGAGGAAACUGCUGCUGUUACGCCCCCUCUGGCCAAAGACAACAAUGCAGGUGACAUGACAGGUGCUGCCGAUGAGGUGCUGGCCUCAACAGAGGUUCCAAGAGACUUUCAAACAUCACAAAAGGACGAUGUGGUCGGAGAGGACGACGAUGCUCCCGCUGCUCAGCCGCUUGCAAGGAAAGGGUCCGCACGUGGGAGAAAAGCAAGGGGCCGCAAACUUCGAGCUGUGCUUGCUGUGAGCAGGAGUAAAGAUGUGAAGCAAGCUAUUGAGAGCACACAGUCUCUUGCUUUAGAGGUAGCAGCUUCCUCAAAGGGAAGCGGCCCGCCCUUGGUUUCGGACGUCGGGGCCGUGCAAAAGAGAGUGCCAGGCCGAGAACACAAGAAGGUGUACCGCUGCUCCCUCUGCAGCAAGGUCUUCCAGAACAGCAGCAACCUCAACAGACACAUCCGAUCACAUGGUGACAAACUCUUCAAGUGUGAUGAAUGUGACAAACUGUUCAGCCGCAAGGAGAGUUUGAAGCAGCACAUCUCCUACAAACACAGCAAGAACGGGCCUGACUUGGAAUACAAAUAUAAAUGCAACACAUGUGACAAAUCCUUCCGCCUGGAAAAUGCCUUGAAUUUCCACAACUGCAGGACAGACGACAAGACGUUCCAGUGCGACAUCUGCUCCCGUUUCUUCUCCACCAACAGCAACCUCUCUAAGCACAAGAAGAAGCACGGCGAAAAGCUCUACUCCUGUGAGAUCUGCAACAAGAUGUUCUACCGCAAAGACGUCAUGCAGGAGCACCACAGACGACACCGCUUUGGAUCAAAGCACAUGAAGAAAGAGGAGUUGGAGGCCAAUGGAGAAGAAGCAAGCAAGUACCGCAAAGAACCUUCACCGUGUCCAAUCUGUGGCAAGGUGUUCUCCUGCCGAAGUAACAUGAACAAACACCUGCUGACUCACGGCGAUAAGAAGUACACCUGCGAGAUAUGUGGCCGCAAGUUCUUCCGCGUGGACGUGCUUCGAGAUCACAUUCAUGUUCACUUCAAGGAUAUAGCCCUAAUGGAUGAGCAGAAGAGGGAGGACUUCAUCAAGAGGAUCGGCAUUUCAGUUGGUGACAGUGACGAAAAAGAGGACGAAGACGAGGAAGACGACCCCGAGCGCCAUAAGUACAACUGCAAGAAAUGUCAGAUGUCGUUUGCAAAAGGCAGAGAAUACCUGAAGCACAUCAUGGAGCAGCACAAAGAGCGAGGCUACGGCUGCGGGAUUUGUGAGCGUCGUUUCGCACUGAAAGCCACAUACAACGCCCACCUGGUCAUCCAUAGGGAGCAGCUACCUGACCCUGCUGUGCAGAAGUAUAUCCACCCAUGUGAAGUUUGUGGCAGAAUCUUCAAUAGUAUUGGAAACUUGGAGAGGCACAAGAUCAUCCACACUGGGGUGAAGAGCCACAGCUGUGAUAAAUGUAGCAAAUCAUUUGCAAGGAAGGACAUGCUGAAGGAGCAUCUGAGAGUCCAUGACGACAUCCGAGACUUCCUGUGUGCAGAAUGUGGGAAAGGCAUGAAGACCAAGCAUGCUCUGAGGCACCACAUGAAGCUCCAUAAGGGCAUCAAAGAGUACGAGUGUAAGGAAUGUAACCGCAAGUUUGCCCAGAAGGUCAACAUGCUUAAACACUUGAAAAGACAUACGGGUAUGAAGGACUUCAUGUGUGAGCUGUGCGGAAAGACGUUCAGUGAAAGAACCACUCUGGAGACGCACAAGCUCAUCCAUACAGUGGGGAAGACCUGGACGUGUGUCACCUGCGAUAAGAAGUAUUUGACAGAGUACAUGCUGCAGAAGCACGUGCACCUGACUCAUGAGAAAGUGGAGGCCCAGUCGUGUCAGCUGUGCGGCACCAAGGUGUCCACGCGAGCCUCCAUGAACCGUCACCUGCGACGCAAACACCCUGAGGUGAUGCCUGUGAGAAUUGAGGACUUUGAUGAUCUUCAGGAAUGCCAGACGAUCAACGACUCGUCCAUUAGCAUUGUGCAGCUGGAAAAAGACAGUGCGUCUCAGGAAAGACCCAGCCGACCGACCCGCUCGGCCAAGAAGAAGCCUAGAGUUGUGAGCGAGCCCGAACUUUCUGGAUCAGACGACUACACCGAUUUUACAGAGUCCAGACAGGAACCACUGCCGGAAUUCAACACAGUGAUCAUUGGUGAGGAGAUGGAGACCAGCUCUGCAGUGCAGAGUAUCCAGCAGGUGGUGGUCCUUGCUGACCCCAACGCUCCGCCCACUUCUUCUCACCACAGCUCGGUGAGUCUGAGCAACAUCACGGUCACGCCCAUCAACAGCCCGCCUUCCGCUCAGUUCACCAGUCUGCAGCCUGUAGCGGUCGGCCACCUGACGGCCAACGACCGACCGCUCUCGCUGGACAACUCCAUCCUCACCGUCACUUUCGACACGGUCAGCGGCUCGGCCUUGCUGCACAACAGGCCCGCCGACCUCGUCCCGGAAGGGGCGGUCACCCCGGGAGGCCCGUCAGCCCAGUCUGUGGCGCACUUCAUCAACCUCGCCGCUCUUGUCAACCCCAUGAGCCACCAGCUGGAGGUUCCGACGCUGGCCUGGAGGCCCGUGUUGGCGGCAGACAGCGGCCAGGCGCCCCCUGGGGCGCAGGGGGUCCAGGGGGCGAUCCACGAGACCCAGAGUCACGGACCCGAGAAUCCAGAAACAUCUGUGCAGCACUGGAUGAAAGAUGCAAUGGUCUGUCAGAAGCCCAGAAACUCACUGACCUUUUAUACACACACAUUAAUUACAAACAAACAGGUCACAGGUGAGGAUUGGAACCUUGAUUAGCCAUUCAAACCUGUUUGUGUCAACUUUUGUGCAUGUUAUCAGAUCAAAGUCACUGGGGUAUGUAAACUUUUGAUCAGGGUCA